AAAGACGGACCCGCCCUGGCGGGUCCUGGCUCUCCAUUGGCCCCAGGGGCGGGAGAGGCCUCGCCCUCCGCGCUUGCCGCACUGCGCAGGCGCCCUGAGUGCUGCAGCGGUAGCGGCGUCGGCGCCAUGGAGGGCGGCGAGGGCUUACUCUCCGUUGAUUAUGAGGUGUUCGGCAAAGUGCAGGGUGUUUUCUUCCGCAAGUACACCCAGGGGGAGGCUAAGAGACUAGGACUCGUUGGUUGGGUCCAAAAUACUAGCCACGGCACCGUGCAAGGACAAAUUCAGGGUCCGACAGCCAGGGUGCGGGAGCUGCAGGACUGGCUCCGGAAGAUAGGAAGUCCUCAGUCCCGCAUCAGCCGGGCAGAUUUCAGCAAUGAGAAGGAGAUCACGGCGCUGGAGCACAAGGACUUCCAGAUCGUGAAGUAGCUUUGGGAAGAAGCAAAGCCCGGAGCGUGAGCUGCCCGCACGGCAUGUUUCUCCUCGUGUCUGCUGGUUGAGUCAGCCAGCGUGUAGCUCCAGAGAACUUUAUUACGUCUCUAAUUUAUUUGUUUCUUGCUCUGUUAGUCUAACUCAGCCUUUCACAAACUUUUCGCAGGUAGAGUGCUGCUACUGUUACUACAGGGGCUCUUUUGGGGCACGGCCGUUGUUUCUGAGUGUGUGCAGAGUGGGUGUGAGUAGCUGCACAUGAGUAAACCACACAGUUUGCGUAGUGUUGUGCGUACGUGAAGGAAGUCACAGAAUUAGUGUCUGUACCAGAAAUCGCUGGAGGCGUCCCUGUUGUGCUGUGAAUGCUUCAAUGCCGAUUGAUUUGGUUUGGAAGAGCUUUGUUUUUCCUUUAGAAUAAAGCUGCUUGGAGCUCG